AUGAGCGGACCUGAGAAACUCACCAAAAAUUCACUCCUCAAGCAUAUGAGCGACAAUCCUUGUAUCAUUUGCGGUAUCAGCGGUCAUAAUGCAUGGGAUGAAGAAGAGGAAUGUCUCAGACGCAAGGAUCCCACAAAUACGCAAUCGCCACUCACCAAGAUCUAUGGUGCGUUGAAAGCUAACCAGGCUCGACUAACUAUCCUCAAUUAUUGCAAGACCGAGAAGCCCUUGGAGAAACCUUCAGAACCCAUACCUGACGCUCAAGUUUCUGCACCGGUUGACCCAGAGACCCAAGCUCGUAUUGCAACGGACUCAGAUAAUCUCGUUCUGAACCCUAUUCUUGAGGGCGCUGGCAAAUCUGUCGACGGUCUCAGCAAGGUCCGCGACAUCACCGAAACAGAGCCUGUAGAGACACAUGCAGCCAACUCAGUUGCUCUAUCACAGACAGCCCUGCUUGGCCCAAGCAACAAUUUUACCCCCGAUACUGUCGUCAGCAAAGCAAAAACAGCCCAGUUUCCGCUCAGGAAGGAGUUUGCGCAGUCAUACGCCGACAUUUUCACUAAUCAUUUCGAAGUGAACUUCAAGUCCGACACUAGAUUCUUCCUUUACGAAAUCCUCAAAAUCCCUGCCGGCAAAUCCAAACGUAAAGCCAAGUUUAUCUUCAAGACCAUUGAGCAAGCAUGGCCCAUCCUCAAGGACAACAAGCAGUACUACGCUACGGAUCGUGUGAAGACCAUCGUGGCCUGGAAGAACAUCCACGAAGCGAUUACCUACGCCCCGGUCAUCCUAGGAGAUCCAAAUACUCAUGCCGGUUCUGUGUGGAUGCCAGAUGCUAUCGCCGACGGAAGCGAGAAGAUUCAGCUGUUCAUCAAAUUCCAUCGUGAACUCGAUCUGGACGGAAUGUAUGCUUACAUCGACGCUAGCAGCGAGAAGAGUGACCCAGACUUCAACUUCAGUCCUAUCGUCAACGCACUGAACAUCGCUGUUACGAAGAGCUUGACUGCCAACGCAUUCCAACAGUCGAGUAACAAGUUCUUCGUCAAAUGUGGCUCCGAACGUCUUGGCGGCAAUGCUAAUCUACAGUCAUUGUGCACAAUUCGAGGUUAUUACUACACAAUCAAGCCCGGUAUGCAGAAGGUUCUGUUGAACGUCAACGCAGCGACCAGUGCAUUCUUUCGUCCUAUCACCGUUGGCGAAUUCCUGGCGGACACUACCUUUCCCUACGACGAACGAAUGCGGCUACUCGGGACACUCCGCGUCUACAUUGAACCCGAUCGCUUACCGAAUGCCUCCGAUCAAGAGCAUGUUGAUCAUCUCAACAAACCCCAGAACCGGAUCAAGACCUUCUUUGGCCUUGGCCCCUUACUGAAUGCUAAAGAGAUGAGCUUUCAAAAGACAUGGAAGAACGAUCAAGGUCAGUGGGUCAUAGAUCCUAAACGCACACGGGUUGUGGACCAUAUGAAGGCCAUCUUCGGACAAGGGUUCGACGAAAAACUGGAAUCAAUCAAUGUUGGUACGGAAGCUGAUCCAGUACAUUAUCCCCGCGAGUAUCUACGAAUCAUGCCGUAUCAGAUCUACAAACGACUUCUUCCAGAAAGCUUGGUGGAGGGCAUGCUGAACAAUGCGACGCAUCUGCCAAAAGAGAGUCGACGACUCGUUGAGAUUGAAGGAAUGGCUAGCCUGGGACUUGAUCCAACCCAAAAUCAGCAGGAAUUACCGGGGUGUGAUAGGUUACUCGUCACGCCUACGAUGAUGCAGAUCCCCUCAGCGAAGAUGCCUUCACUGGAGAUCAUCUACGGUGCAAACACUCCCAAUACAAAACUGGGUACGAACGCGCAGUGGAAUCUUGAGAAACUAAAGAGCUUUGUCGACUCCCCAGCAGCCAUAUCGACACCCAAGAAACGAAUCAACUAUCUGAUCUUGGUGGAAUCUGGCAUGCAAGAUGAGGAAAACACAAUCAAGACAUAUGAGGAAGCUCUGAGCGAUUUGCUUACGCAGUACAACGUAUGCGCUGGCGCGACUCGGCUCGCUUCUCGAAGAAUCCCUGGCAUGCGCGACAUGACUGACAAAGAUAUCCGAGAUGGCAUGAGAGCUACUAUCAAGGCCAUAAAGACGGACCACCCUCAAGUUGACUUCGCAGUCUUACUUCUCAAAAGCCGAAGCAUACCCAUCUACUCAGCGUUCAAGGACGUUACGGACCGCUACGAGUCUUUGCAGUCUCUCUGCCUCACCCAGGCGCCAAAUCUCGAAUAUGAUCGCAAAACCAAAACAUCAAGAUGCAAAGGAGAUAUCACUCAGUACAUGGCCAACGUUAUGAUGAAAGUGAACCUCAAAUUUGGAGGUGGCAAUCAUACGGUGCAAGUCGACAACAACUCCAAGUCUCGCAUCGGCAACACAUUGGUGGGAACCCUAGUCCUUGGGGCAGAUGUUACUCAUCCUGGCGGUGGCUCGCUCAUUGGCUGCCCUUCUAUUGCAAGCGUUGUUGGGUCCGUUGACUCUCACGCAACAAAGUUACGCGGCUCGAUGAGGCCUCAGAAAAUUUGCAAGGCGGAGAUCAUUGACUCGUUGGAAGCCAUGGUCCUCGAGCGAAUCCAAGCUUACAUGUCUGCUACCAAGGCCCCGCCAAAGAAGAUUCUCUUCUACCGGGACGGUGUCAGCACUGGACAGUUUGCCAAAGUUCGCGACGACGAGUUGCAGCAGAUCAGAAACGCUUGCAAGAAGGCCGGUUGCGGCAAUGCCCUGAUCACCGUUGUAAUAGCCGUAAAGCGUCAUGCAACGCGCUUCUAUCCAGCAACUUCUCUAGCCCACAAGAACGGUAACUGUAUGCCUGGUACGCUUGUCGAUCAAGUCGUCACGUCGCCGCAUUACUCAGACUUCUAUCUGCAGUCUCAUCACGGCCUCAAAGGGACCGCUAUUCCGACACAUUACAUGGUCAUCGCCAACGAAAUCGGAUACGGAGAUCGCGAAUUGCAGGAGCUCACGUACAAACUCUGCUACACCUAUGCUCGAGCAACCAUCGGUGUAUCCUACGCUCCACCAGCGUACUAUGCUGACAGGCUCUGCGACCGAGGCCGAGCCUACCUUCGCGACUGGUUCAGCCCAAGUAAGGAUAGCGCACACUACGCGGCGUACCUCGCUAGCAGGCAAGCAAUUGAGACCAACAAGGCUCAAGAGCUGACAACUGCUAAGGCCGGGCUUCCUGCUGUUCCUGCACGCCCAGGUCGUAACGCGCCAAGGAAGUCGGCUGCUGAGAUUGAAGUAGAGCGUGCUCACGAGAAGAAGGUGGAAGCGCAGUUGGAGAAAGACAUCUUAGCUGAGGCGGUCACCGCAUGGGGUAAGGCUCGCACUGGAGGCCCCGGUCCAUGGGCUGAGAUACUCGACAAGACGAUGUUUUGGAUGUGA